AUGGUCAAAAAGCUCAAUAAGGAGGGCAUUACCAGCAAGAGCCCGCCAAAUCUGCCGCCCGAAGAACAAGGACGCUAUAAAAUAGCCACCGUGCCGAAUGCGCUCUGUGUUGCCAGGAUAGGCCUAACGCCGGUUAUCGGAUAUUUGAUAUGCUCAAGCCAGUUUACACCAGCUCUAGGGCUAUUCGUCUUUGCUGGUGCCACGGACUUGGCUGAUGGGUUUAUUGCAAGAAAUGUGGCUGGGCAAAAGUCGCUGCUCGGUUCCGUGCUGGACCCGGUGGCCGAUAAGCUGUUGAUCUCGACAAUGUUCGUCACGCUCACCUUUUCGAAUGCUCUGCCCAUGGCUCUCACGGCGGUGGUUUUAUUACGAGAUGUCUGUCUAAUAAUUGGCGGUUUCUACAAGCGAUACAAGACGAUGGAGCCACCAUAUUCAUUGAAUCGAUUCUUCAACCCGACGAUCAACACCGUGCUGCAACUGACCGUGGUCGCUGCCUGCUUAGCUUCACCCGUGUUCGAUUGGGGCCCGAUGGCGCAGGAUGGAGUUACGGCUCUAUGUUGGGCGACCGGCUUGACGACGAUCUACUCGGGACUCCAGUAUGCCACCGGAAGCGCCUUCAAAAAGAUCCGA